AUAAAAGACAAAAACAUAGUAAUUAGCAGUAAAACAGCAAUGAAUCAUGUCUUCUGAAAAACCUGUAAAUUGUUUUUCUAUUUAUUGCCUCUUCGCUCGAUCUCAUCAGCCUCUUUCUUAAAGAAAAACUCAAAUCUCACUAAAAACCCCACAAAACAUUCAAGACAGAAAAGAGGGCGUGUUGUUGUUGUUUCUCUUCGACUUCGAUCGAUGUCGGCGAGGGUAAUAACGGUGUCCCAAGACGGCAAUGGCGACUACCGAACAGUGCAGGAAGCCAUUGACACUGUCCCACUCUGCAACACCUGCCGCACCAUCAUUCGACUGUCACCCGGGGUUUACAAGCAACCUGUUUACAUUCCCAAGACCAAGAACCUCAUCACUUUGGCUGGUCUCCGCCCUGAACUCACUGUUCUUACAUGGAACAAUACCGCUACUAAAAUUCAACAUCACCAGGGUUCGAGGUUAAUUGGGACUGGAACGUUCGGUUGUGGCACUGUGAUUGUUGAAGGAGAAGAUUUCAUUGCUGAAAAUGUCACAUUUGAAAACUCUUCCCCAGAGGGUUCAGGACAAGCUGUUGCAAUCAGAGUAACAGCGGAUCGAUGUGCAUUCUAUAAUUGCAAAUUCCUGGGCUGGCAGGAUACUCUAUACUUGCAUCAUGGAAGACAGUACUUGAAAGACUGCUACAUUGAAGGAAGUGUAGACUUUAUUUUUGGAAAUAGCACAGCUCUUUUAGAGCAUUGUCAUAUACACUGCAAGUCAGCUGGAUUUAUAACUGCACAGAGCCGGAAAACUUCUCAGGAAUCGACUGGUUACGUGUUUUUAAGAUGCGUCAUUACUGGCAACGGAGGGUCUUCUUAUUCAUAUCUCGGGCGACCAUGGGGACCCUUUGGAAGGGUGGUCUUUGCCUACACAUACAUGGACCAAUGUAUCAAACAUGUAGGUUGGCAUAACUGGGGAAAAGCCGAAAACGAGAGAAGUGCUUGCUUUUACGAAUACAGAUGUUUCGGCCCUGGGUGCUGUCAAUCGAAACGGGUUACUUGGUCUCGGGAACUGCUGGAGGAAGAAGCAGAAGAGUUCCUUAUGCACGGAUUCAUAGACCCUGAUCCGAACCGACCAUGGCUUGCUCAAAGAAUGGCACUGAAAAUACCAUAUUCUGCAUAGAAAAGAGAAACAGAUAGUGGUGGUAUGAGUUAAUAAUGAGGAAUGUAAUGGUGUGUGUUGGAACUAUUUGAAGCAUAGAAUAACGAAGAUGGCCAAGAAAAAUGGUAAGCUCAUAUGGUUUGGGCAGUUGAAACUUGAAUAUAAUAGUGUUGAAGUAUUUGAAUCCUCAUAAUUGCUUUAUUAAUCAAAUUAACUAUAAUAGUUGGAGUGUUUUAAGAUAA